GUACUUUGGAUUCCUUUAUGGCCGCCACAAUGGCAACCGGAAACCAGUUGGGACAAGGAGAACCAAGGAGGUUGAAAGGUGCGGCAACCUUAGAAGCAAUCUCGGCAACAACAGCACCUCCACCAGCAGCAGGUGUGUCAGUCGCAGCAGCAUCAGCAGCAAUAACUGCAGCAAUUCAAGCCACGGCAGCAACAUCGCCGACUCGGGAGCAACACACGCUGCCCCUACGUCCCGCAGUGGGCCAAAUGGCAGGGAUAAAUGUACCAGCAACAAUAGAAGACCAAAUCGGAAGAGCAGUGAUUCCGAGCAAAACAAACAUGGCCGAGACAGCAGUAUCGCUCUCUCCCACCACCACGUCCACCAUACCCAUACCCACUCCCAGUACCACAUCCACGUCCAAUCCCCCGACAGAAAUAAUACCUGUAAAAACAAAGCGCAGCGGGUCGGAAAAGACCAAUAAGAUUGGCCUGAGUGUUCGGAGGGACGAAAUAAAAUUCAAUCCGGAUGCCGCACUAACCCAUGGCUAUGCAAAUGCCACAGAGGCGUGGCCAACAAUGACAACUGCCAAUAUUGUGGCAGCGCCAGCCGCACCGACCAUAUUGCCGGCACUAACGAGCACGGAGAGCAGGAUUGGUGGCAAGGCGGUGCCCACGCCCCGGCUACUCGGAUCCGGUGCGGCAAGUGUGGCCCAGAUUUUGGCCAAGUCCCUGGACAGUCCGCCACCGAGCUCGUCAUCCGGCUGGCCAGUUAAGCACGCCGCUGUGCUCGAGGGCGAUGUAAUCCUGGGUGGCCUGAUGAUGGUCCACUCGCGCGAGGACAGCAUAACCUGCGGACCCAUAAUGCCGCAGGGCGGCAUCCAGGCCUUGGAGGCGAUGCUGUACACCUUGGACCAGGUAAACAAGCAGCAGCUCCUGCCGAAUGUCACUCUGGGCGCCCACCUGCUCGACGAUUGCGACAAGGACACCUACGGCCUGGAAAUGGCUGUCGACUUUAUUAAAGCGCAUAUACAAAUAAAGCGGGCUUCGCGCGAAUUCAAUAUAUAUCACGGUAAAACCGAAGCCAAGGCCAAUAUGCAAACAGUCAGUGAGAGCAAAUGGUCCGUGCAAAUAUGUUUGCUGCUGCUUCUCGUCUUCCCGUCCACCUGUCACAUCCUGCAGACCGAAAGCCAGGUGGUCGGCGACAUUGAACUGGCGGACGACGGGGUGGCAUCCAGUCAUCGUCGCAGUCGCAGUCACAGUGGCAGUCACAGUGGCAGUCACCGGACUCAUCCUGGCUGCGAGCACCUCCAUCAUCGUCAGCAUCGCGGAAAAAGUCACGCCCGAAGGCACAGACAGAGCCCAUAUGAGAUUCUCGAGCAUGAGCAGCGGCAGCAGCAGAUGGGCAAGCACUGGCGCCAGUGGGUGAACCACCUGCAGUCGCCGGAUUACGCCAACGAUGACCCAUCGCCCGAUGGCAGGCGACCUUAUCCGGCUAAUGGAGACCUUUCCUACGACCACUUUGAGCUGGAGGACUACCAGCGGUAUGCUAAUAUCGACUUGGCAUCGCCGCGCUCCGGGCGCCAUCGCGGUCGCCAUCUGCCCCUGAACAACCUGAACUUGAUGCUGCCGCUCAGCUCGGCGGACGGGAGUGGCAAGUACCUGAGAUCCCUGCCGGAUUCGGUGAGCUUCCAGAACGACCGACUGUACGCCACCCAGCCGCAGAGGCACUGGCCUGUCAAGCGGGAGGCCAUCGUGGAGGGCGACGUGAUUCUGGGCGGCCUGAUGAUGGUCCACUCGAGGGAGGACAGCAUCACCUGCGGGCCCAUCAUGCCGCAGGGUGGCAUCCAGGCCCUGGAGGCCAUGCUCUUCACGAUCGACAGGAUUAACAGGGAGCAGCUCCUGCCGAACAUCACCCUGGGCGCCCACAUCCUCGACGACUGCGAUAAGGACUCCUAUGGCCUUGAAAUGGCCGUAGAUUUUAUAAAAGGGUCCAUCAGCAACAUAGAUGACGCGGAGUAUCACUGCAACAAGACGCAAGUGCGCAAGGUCAUCUCGGGGGUGGUGGGUGCCGCCUCCUCGGUCACAUCCAUACAAGUUGCCAAUUUAUUGCGGUUAUUCCGAAUUCCCCAGGUGUCAUACUUCUCCACCAGCCCCGAGCUGAGCAACAAACAGCGGUUCGAGUACUUCUCCCGCACAAUUCCCUCGGAUCACUACCAGGUGAAGGCCAUGGUGGAGAUUGUGAAGAGGAUGGGAUGGAGCUACGUCUCGAUUAUCUACGAGGAGAGCAAUUACGGAAUCAAGGCUUUUGAGGAACUGGAGGAGCUCCUGGCACGCCAUAACAUUUGUAUUGCCAUCAAGGAGAAGCUGGUGAAGGAUUCGGGAGUGGCCGAGGACAUCGCCUACGACAAUAUAGUGCAGAAGCUGCUGACGAAGCCGCGGGCCCGAGGAGCCAUUAUCUUCGGAUCGGAUCAGGAGGUGCGGCAAGUGAUGCGGGCGGUGCGCCGGGCCAAUGCAACCGGCUCCUUCUCCUGGAUCGGAUCCGAUGGCUGGAGUGCCCGGAAUUUGGUGUCCGACGACUACGAGCCGGAGGUGGAAGGCACGCUGUCUGUGCAGCCGCAGGCGAAUCCAGUGCGCGGGUUCGAGGAGUACUUCCUCAGUUUGACGGUGGAGAACAACCAACGCAAUCCCUGGUUCGUGGAAUUCUGGGAGGAUCACUUCCAGUGCCGAUAUCCCGGCAGUACAAGCACUCCGUACAAUAACUACACAAAGCAGUGCACCAAAAAGGAGCGACUUUCACGGCAGAACACAGACUUCGAGGACCAGCUGCAGUUCGUCAGCGAUGCAGUGAUGGCAUUUGCCUACGCCCUGAGGGACAUGCACCGCGACCUGUGCGGCGGAGGUCCUUCGCUAUGCGAGGCCAUGAAGCCGACGAAGGGUGCAGAUUUGCUCAAAUAUUUGCGUAAAGUGGAGUUUGAGGGCCUCAGCGGCGACGAGUUCCGCUUCGACGGGAACGGCGACGGUCCGGCCCGGUACAACAUCAUCCACUUCAAGCAGUCCCAGGCGGGACAGUACCAUUGGGUCAAGGUGGGCGAGUACACCGAGGGCGAGCUGCGACUCAACAUGUCGGAGGUGAAGUUCAAGCGGCUGAGUCCCAAGCCGCCCGAGUCCGUCUGCAGCCUGCCCUGUCUGGUGGGCCAGGCCAAGAAGUACGUGGAAGGCGAGAGCUGCUGUUGGCACUGCUUCAAUUGCACAACCUAUCAAAUCCGCCACCCGGAUGACGAGACCCACUGCAAGCUGUGCAAGCUGGGCACUCUUCCCGACGCCCACAAGCAAUACUGCCGCCCCAUCCCUGAGAUAUACUUGCGACCGGAGUCCGCCUGGGCCAUCGGGGCUAUGGCGUUCAGUGCGACCGGCAUCCUAGUAACGCUCUUCGUUAUGGGCGUGUUUGUCAGGCACAACGACACGCCCAUAGUGCGUGCCUCUGGGCGGGAGCUGAGCUAUAUCCUGCUGGCGGGGAUUUUCAUGUGCUACGGUGUCACCUUUGCCCUGGUCCUGAAGCCAACCAACAUUGUGUGUGCCAUUCAGCGGUUCGGCGUCGGCUUCUGCUUCACGGUCGUGUAUGCGGCACUGUUGACCAAAACGAAUCGCAUUGCACGGAUCUUCAAAGCGGGCAAACAGUCCGCCAAGCGACCCUCCUUCAUUAGUCCCAAGUCCCAGCUGGUAAUCUGUGCGUGCCUGGUUAGUGUGCAGAUACUCAUCAACGGCGUUUGGAUGGUAAUUGCGCCAUCACAUGCCAUGCAUCAUUAUCCCACACGCGAGGAUAAUCUGCUCGUCUGCGACUCGUACAUCGACGCCUCCUACAUGAUUGCGUUCUCCUACCCAAUCUUCCUGAUUGUUAUUUGCACGGUCUACGCGGUGCUCACGCGAAAGAUUCCGGAGGCUUUUAACGAAUCGAAGCAUAUUGGAUUCACCAUGUACACGACCUGUGUGAUUUGGCUGGCUUUUGUGCCGCUCUACUUCGGUACCGCCAACCACGUCCCACUCCGCAUCACCAGCAUGUCGGUGACCAUCAGCUUAUCCGCCAGCGUGACCAUUGCCUGUCUCUUUUCGCCCAAGCUGUACAUAAUACUCAUACGCCCCGAGCGCAACGUGCGCCAGAGCAUGAUGCCGCCGCGCUACGGCAACAUGCACCGCACCGCUGGCACAGGACCCUCGUCCAUGAUGGCCGCCGCCGUGGUGACCGCCGCCACCUGUGCCCAGGAGGAGAAGAUCCAGAAGCAUAUCACUCCCACAAACACAGAAAACUCACUGAAGACGAAGAAAUUGUGCGAAAUGGCCACUCAGACAAUUUCCAGUAUAAUCACGUCACUGGACAUUAAUGCGUACAAUCAAAUACCAUAUGCCGAUCAAUAUGUGCCAAACAAUACCACAACGGCCACGACCACGCCCACAGAAAAGGGCAGUGGCAACGGCAGCGGCAACGGCAACGGCAAUAGCAAUACCAAUGGUAGUAGCAAUAGCAACAGCAACAGCAAUGGCGCUAGCGAUGGCGGUGGCGAUGGCGAUGGCGAUGUGGCAACGGAGCAAGUCGUAGCCAACAAUAAUAAAAUCAAUCAGCGGCAACAUGGCCAGCCGGCCGUGGCAUUUGCCAUCACAUCGACUAACAAUCACAUAAGCGGCCCAGCAGCAACCAUAACAACAACAGCGGCAACUGGCGAAACAACAUCAGAGGCGCUGGUAGCUUCAAUAACCACUCCCUCGGCAACGGGGAAUGUCAGCGAAACCACGUCCGUGGCGCCCAGCAAUGGGCAAGGAAACGGGAGUCAACGCCCGCCGGUCCUGCAAACAAACUUAUAGCUAAACGCACAACAAUUGCAACAGCAGCUGCUCAAGGAGCAGCAGCGACAACAAGCCGAGCUCCAGCAGCAGCAGCAGCAGCAGCAGCAGCAACAGCAACAUCCGCAGCAGCAACAAGGAACACAAAGCUCUUCCAGCGACACCGGCAGCACGGGCAGCUGCAGUGCGGCGAAGAAACGCGCCGCAAUUCCCGUUUAGCUGCCACCGGAGAUUCCAGAUUCUCGCAACCAUACGAUACGUAAGUAGACGAAAGUGUCCGUUGACCCAAGCGUUUCCCAGGAUCGGACGGUUUGCGUGCCAGGAUGGGACUAAAUUGGGAGCUGCUGUGCCACAGAAUAUCUCCAGAUCUUAGAAGGCGUAUUUAUUACACACCAACUACUUUGUUUGUUUAUUGAAUUGCUUGAGUUGGGUUGGUCUAAGGUUUCUCGAUAGCGAUACAACAACGUAUCUCAAUAGCGAAACUAUUUCUGUGACCUCUGAGGCUUUCUUCAGAUUUUAGAGGACAGAGCAAAUUAACGUAAGUGUCCCAAGUAAGAUCAAAAUCAAAUCAUCAAAAAUGUUUGCAUCUCUUCUCAAAAACAAAUGUUUUCUCCAUUUUACACUGCAGCACAAGAGUAAAAAAAAAAAUAUUUAAAAUAACUUGUAAACCUUAAUCUAUCAAUAAGUGUUUAGUACUUAAGCUUAUCUAGAUUACUAAGCGUUGUUUCAAAGCGUUCCGAAAGAAACAAAAAAAUGAAAAUGUGAUAUAAUUUCAAAAAUGUUUUUUCUACAACCGAAGCAACUUACAAGCUAUCUGAAUAGUACACGAAACUUGUAGGCUAAGCGAGGCAAACACUGUACAGUGAGCACUGGAUGAAGAGACUUUUCGAGGGCGCAAUUAUGUUCCAAAAGGGCUGGGACCCAGCCCCUUUGCAAUGUAGCAGCUAGUUAAAACAAUUACAAUUGCAUUUAUUGUGUUGUUUGAGCCCAUCAACAUGGUAGAUUUAAUUGUUGUCCAACUAAGGUGUACAUAUGUAUGGUAUUUUACGGAGAACUUUUUAGUCGUAGCGACACCUCGAUGUGAAUUCGUAUUAAAGUUAAUUGGGAGCAGCUUUCCACUUGAAAUGUGCCAUCCCCGAAAACGCAUAGUUUAAUAUUUGUUAUAGAGCGCAAGUAAUGCAAUUCAUGUCUAGCCAAAACAUGGGGUACAAACUAUAGCAAAAUUUGUUCGUUUUCCGUGUCUGUGUGUUCAGUGUAAAUAAUCGUUAACGAGAAUCCGGUG